UUUCCGGUUUAAGGGCCCAUACACGUGUUUAUAUCUGUGCUGACUGAACCACAACUGAGAAAAAGUAUCAGAGUCUUGGACCUGCACUUCAAGUUCAAUACUUCAGUCAUACAAGUGGAGAAAAUAAUGGAGUCAUGGCUCCUCCUCCUCCUCAUCAUCAUCCUCACUCUCUUUCUCUCUUUCUUAUUCAAAUCAAAUAACCAGAAGAAAGUUCCCCCCGGACCCUCUGCUUUUUCGGUGAUUAGCAGCUUCCUACGGGCUAACGCCGAUAUAGAACUCAUCCUCAGGGACCUCAAGACUAAAUAUGGUCCUGUAUUCAACUUCAGAAUUGGACUUGGAUUUCGUCGUCCUUCCAUAUAUGUUGCUAGCCACUCAUUAGCCUAUCAAGCUUUAGUCAAGCAAGGCGCUAUUUACUCUGACAGGCCAAAGGCCAGUUUAACCCUCCCCAGUAGCCGAAUUAACAUGGCCUCCUCCCCUUACGGCCCCACAUGGCGCCUCCUCCGCAGAAACCUUGUCUCUGAAAUGCUCCACCCUUCUCGGACAAAAUCCUACUCUAAGGUCCUAUCUCGGGUACUCAGUAUCCUCAUUCAACAGCUCCGUGCUGAUUCUGCAGCCACCGAAGUGAUAACGUUAAUUGAUCAAUUCCGUUAUGCCAUGUUUUAUCUUCUUGUCCUGAUGUGCUUCGGGGAUAAGAUAGACGAGCCUCAAGUCAAACAGAUCCAAGAUGUACAACGAAGAUGGAUCUUAACUCUUGGCCGAUUCAUCAAUCUCAGCUUUUUCCCAACAUCACUUCAAAAGAUCAUUUUCAGGAAUCAAUGGAAAGAGCUCAUCCAAAUGAUACAAGAGCAAGAGAGGGUCUUUAUACCUCUGAUCGAGGCUCGAAUGAAAGCAAAAACUGAGGAAGGAAUGGUGGCUUAUAAAGAUACAUUGUUGAAUUUGGAAUUCCCAGAGGAAAAGAGGAAGUUUAAUCAUGGAGAGAUUGUUAGUCUCUGCAGUGAGUUCCUCACUGGUGGUACUGAUACUACCUCCACCUCGUUACAAUGGAUUAUGGCCAACUUGGUCAAGUACCCUUCUAUUCAGGAAAAACUAUACCAAGAAAUAUCUGACGUAGUGAACAAAGGGAAUUCGAAGCCAAAGGAAGUGAAAGAGGAAGAUUUACAGAAAAUGCCUUACCUAAAAGCAGUGAUCUUGGAAGGACUAAGGCGGCAUCCGCCAGGUCAUUUCCUGCAGCCGCAUGCAGUGACAGAGGAAGUGGAACUCAACGGCUAUGUGAUCCCUAAGGAUGCAACAAUUACUUUCAUGGUUGCAGAUAUGAAUUUGGACCCAAAUGUGUGGGAGAAUCCCUUGGAUUUCAAACCAGAUAGGUUCUUAUCAGUGGAUGGUGAUACAGAAGCGUUUGAUAUAACAGGAAAUAGAGAGAUCAAGAUGAUGCCUUUUGGUGCAGGGAGAAGAAUGUGUCCAGGCUAUGGCUUGGCUAUGUUCCAUAUGGAGUACUUUGUGGCUAAUUUGAUCUGGCACUUUGAGUGGAAGGCUGUGGAUGGAGAUGAUAUUGAUCUAUCAGAGAAGCUGGAAUUCGCUGUUACGAUGAAAAAUCCAUUGCGUGCUCGCAUCCGUCCCAGACAAGCGCAGAUUGGUAAAUUUAUGCUUCAACCAGUGCAAUUUCACUUGAGCAAUCAAUAUGCAGCUCGCUUUCACUGUUACCUGGAAAUGCAGCAGGCUAAGCGAGGUUCAGAACUCAGAAGUGGACAUGAUGAAACACGUAACAUAAGAAUACACAAAGAGGUGAUCUGAUACUAGGGAAGUCAUUAGAGGUUCAGAAAUGAAGAGAUGAAGAGAGUCAUAUAUAUUAUUGAAUAAAGCAAACGAUUCUUCAUUGCUAGGAGAACAAUAGAAAAAUUUGUACUGUUUUAUCUCAUACAACAGCCAAAACUCAAAAUUCUGCUGACAUACCUGAAUUUUCAGAUAUUUGGCUAUUUAUGAUGGAUUAUUGAAAUAUUAAUGCCCAUUUUACCUCUUUCUUUCAUGGGGGAUCUUAUGCAUUGUUCAGAUUCUCAGAAGAGGAAAUAGUUUAGUGAGUCU